AUAUGUGUGGUACUGUCACAUGAUGAUCUGCGAGAUCAUUCUUGCUGUCGGAACUUUGACGAUUAUGUAUUCUUUUACAUCAUAUGAUAUUGAUUCUUGAGAAUAAGCUCAUUGAUGUUCUUUGUAGUGUUUCAAGAAACAAAUUAUAGUUGUUCGGUGUUGUCGUCUCCAAUUGAAACCUGUAUGUUUCACCUGUUUGAGUGAAUGCUAUUAUUGAGGCACUUUGUCCUCCAUGAUUUGUCCGAAAAGGAAUAUAUUAAUUUCUUGAUGAAUUCUAUUUAACUGAGAUAUCUAUGUUUUACCUGUUUGAGUGAAUGCUAGAAGGAGUCGCUGACAUCCAGAAUUGUCCAAAAUGCUAGAAUGAUUCUUGCAACUCAGUGCAGGCUUCUAGUUGACGUUGGUAUCUUGUUCAGGCUUGAUGGGAGUCAUGGGGCAUAUUUUGUUUCCUCGGCAGGCGAGGCCUUCCGUUCUUGCAUCUUGUACAGGCUUGCCAGGUCCAUUUUUUGGUUGGGAAAAUCCUGUCCCUUUUAUCAGUACUAGCUAUGAGCACUAGCUGUGAGCUGGGACUUGGUUCUAUCAUCUACGUGAGAUGAGGACAUGUUUAUUAGAAUUUUUCCAGCAUACGGGAUCACAAUGUAGGUUUCAGUCUGGUACCCAAGUCAAAGUUUGUUAACCAACCAUCCACCAGAGGUCUUCACUCUACUGGAAUGGAGGGUGCUUUAACGACUGUUCCAUCCAUUGUUGUUUAUGUUACUGUUCCAAACAAAGAAGCAGGCAUGAAGCUUGCAGAAAGCAUCAUCAAGGAAAAACUUGCUGCAUGCGUCAAUCGAGUGCCAGGUAUCGAGUCAGUUUAUUGGUGGGAUGGCAAGGUGGAGACGGAUGCUGAGGAGCUACUCAUAAUCAAGACUCGGGAGUCCCUUCUCGAUGCCUUGACCCAACAUGUGAAAUCCAAUCACGAGUACGACGUUCCUGAGGUCAUUGCCCUGCCCAUCACUGGUGGCAACGAAAAGUACCUCGAGUGGAUCAAGGACAGUACCAGAGACGACUAGUGUGUAUAUUUUCCCUGCCUGCGGAUGAACCAUAACGGAUUUGCGUGCUACAUCUGCACUCGUAUUAUGUUAAUUUCCCAACAGUUGUAUAUAUAUAUAUAUAUAUAUAUAUAUAUAUAUAUAUAUAUAUAUAUAUAUAUAUAUAUAUAUAUAUAUAUAUAUCCUUAAGAUGAUGAAAUCCAAACACGUUUGUCCCUACAAUUUCUGCUAAUGUGAGCCUGACAUCACAUGAUCCAAUCAGGCUGUUAUGAGAAGGAAAACAAAACUCGCCUUGACCUUGUGUAGUAAAACCAUAACAGCUAAUACGAUCACAGGAGGAAGAGCCACAUGUUGAGGAGGCUUUCAUUUGGAUAGUUCCAUUAAACUUGA